UACCUAAUGUCAAAUUGGAACCAUUCAUUCAAACUGGGACAAGCAAUGCUCGACAAAGAGCGUAAAUCUGAUAAAUAAAUCACACACUUUCAACUCCGUGAGCACCACCAUACUUGAUACUUCCGUUCUAACUCUGCAACUUUUAAACUACAAACGAUUACAUGGAGGAAACCAACUCUCAUCACUCCAUCUUUCAGAAGAGCGGCUUCUGCCCACAAACCAAGAUUUUCCACAGCCUGAGGCCCCCUGUUCCCCUUCCUCCGGAAAAUCUCCCUCUCUCCACCGCGUCCUACGUCUUCUCUCUUCUCCGCACCAGCUCUUCCUCCCUCGACAACACAACCGUCCUCAUCGACGCCUCCACCGGCCGCCGCAUCUCUUACUCCCAAUUCAUCCACCACGUCGAAGCCUUAGCCGCCUCCCUGCAAUCUACAAUCGGUCUCUCCAGGGGCGAUGUCGCCUUCAUCCUCUCCCCGUCAAGUCUCCAAAUCCCAAUCCUCUACUUCUCUCUUCUCUCCCUCGGGGUCGUCAUCUCUCCCGCCAAUCCGGCCAGCACAACAUCCGAAAUUUCCCGCCAAAUCGAUCUCAGCAAACCAGCAAUCGCCUUCGCCACCUCCGCCACCGCUCAAAAGCUUUCCGCUUUCAGCCACCGAAUCAUUCUCAUCGACUCGCCUGAUUUCCACUCCAUGAUGACGACGGUUGGAAGGCGGAAAAUCAAGCAGGUCGUGGUCAACCAGUCCGACUCGGCAGCGAUUCUCUACUCAUCGGGGACGACCGGGCGAGUCAAAGGCGUGCUGCUGACUCACCGCAACUUCAUCGCCUUGCUUGCCGGAUUAUAUGCGAUCAGGGCGGAGGUCGUUGAAGAGAACCCAGCACCGUCGAUCUCGCUGAUCACGGUGCCUUUGUUUCAUGUUUUCGGGCUCUUUAUGUGUGUGAGGGCGGUGGCAUUGACGGAGACGAUCGUGUUAAUGGAGAGAUUCGACUUUGAAGGAAUGCUGAGGGCGGUAGAGACAUAUCGAAUUACAUACAUGCCGGUUUCGCCGCCGCUGAUGCUGGCCUUUGCGAAGUCGGAUGUGGUGAAGAAGUACGACCUGAGCUCACUUCAGUUGUUGGGAUGUGGCGGAGCCCCACUGGGAAAGGAGGUCGCCGAUAAGUUUCUCGCUCGGUUUCCGAAUGUGGAGAUAACGCAGGGUUACGGUUUGACCGAGUCAACUGGUGGGGCAGCAAGGCUGUUUGGGCCGGAGGAAUACAAGCGAUAUGGGUCUGUUGGACGCCUAACUGAGAACAUGGAGGCCAAAAUAAUUGAUCCUGUCACUGGGGAGGCGUUGCCUCCAGGACAACAAGGGGAGCUGUGGCUGCGAGGACCUACCAUUAUGAGAGGUUAUGUAGGAGACAAUGAAGCAACUGCUUCUACCUUGCAUCCAGAAGGUUGGUUAAAGACUGGUGAUCUUUGUUAUUUUGACUCAGAUGGCUAUCUCUUCAUCGUUGAUCGGUUGAAGGAACUGAUAAAAUACAAGGCAUACCAGGUUCCCCCAGCUGAGCUGGAGCAUUUACUCCAAUCCCAUCCAGAAAUUGCCGAUGCUGCUGUUAUUCCUUACCCCAAUGAAGAAGCUGGGCAGAUUCCCAUGGCAUUUAUAGUACGAAAAGCUGGAAGCAAUCUUAAUGAAGCUGAAGUAAUGGAUUUUGUAGCUAAACAGGUAGCCCCAUAUAAGAAGAUACGCCGAGUUGCUUUCAUCAAUACCAUUCCAAGAUCCUCUGCGGGAAAGAUCUCGAGAAGGGAGUUGAUUGACCGUUCGGUCUCCUAUGCAUCAGCUAAAUUAUAAUCUCAUCUGUUUAUUCAACAAGGAGAUUGUCGGACAUUACAGGUGUCUGGUUGUUGGACUGGUAUCAGGACCUCAGACUGCUCGUGGUUGGGGACUUGUGAAUUCUGCAUUUCACGAAUCAACAUCAAUUGUUUACAGUUGGACGACGGUGGAAACACUUUGAGUUAAGUCAGACAUGUAGAGUGAAGGAAUUUCACUCUACAUGAAGGAAUUUCACGAUUGAUAUUGUAUUUGAGCAAUCACACAGGACUUGAUGCGUCGAGAUAACAUUCUGUGAGAAACUGAGCUGAUGCCCAGACUACAAUAUAGCCUGCUUAGGGGUACCAUCUGAUGCUGAAUUUCGGGAAUUGAAACUCCUGACCGAGCGUGGACCUAGGUUUUUUAAGCUGUUCGCUGUUGCUAUGUGGCACGGUAGAGAUAUUGCCAAAUUUCAGAACCAUUGUUUCCUUA